GGCUACUCUAGCCUCCUAUUACGUCUCACUGAACUUUGUGGUCACUCCCACAAACGAAUUCGUGUUUUCUGACUAACUUCCCAGCAGUUUUCAUACCAAACGUUACACAUCGUAGAAGUGGAAAAUACAGUCAAAUCUGAUUGAAGAGUUCAUAACUUUUUCAACCUGAGUCCUUGAACCAUAUCUUUCUGUGCGCUUGUUCUACAUUCCAACUGCGAGUGAAAGUAACGCAAGACCCAACAUGGACGAGGCAGAGAAGUACCAGCAGAGAGUGCAGGCUAUAGCGGACAAGCGACGUAAGCAGCAGGACGACGAGAAAGCAAGGCGAGAGAUGGAGGAGGAGUGGCUGAUGCAGGCCCAGCGCAAGCGGAAGUCCUUGAGGGACCAGUGGCUGAGCGAGAACCCUCAGCCUGUCCCUGGGCACAGCGCUGAGAACUACACAGAGGAGUUGCCAACUGAAGAGGAUAUAGUGGAGGUCAUUGAAUCCACAAGCUACACAGUCACCAAUGCCCAGAACCACAGCCAGGCUGACAUUGAAGAGGGUGGGAUACAAGACGUCAUCAGAGCUGCUGGGGGUCAGCUCCCUGGGCCAGUAAUGGAGAGGGUUCUCCAUGAGAAUGGACUGGAAGGUCGAUCAGUGCUGGGGAUGGUUACAGUGCAGGUGGAGAGGGAUUCAAAGACAGGGGUCACCAAGAUCAGGUCUGUGGUGCCCGUGUCUGGAGCACCCAGGGCCUUGGGGGAGACGGUGUUCAAUGACAGCAGGAAGAGCGUCCACCACGUCGGCGGGGCAGAGGGGCAGCCUUCUGCUGAGGAGCUGGGACAGCUCCUUAGUGUCAUCAACGAUGUCGGGAUGCAAGUGCUGCUGGAUGAGAUCCCAGUUGUACCACAACAGAAGGCAGAGGAGAAGAUAGAGGCUGGUAGUGGGAUGGAAGAGGAGGUGGAGGACCCUGCCACACCUACAACCCUGGGCUACACUGAGGAAGAGGUUGAGGUUGUGGGGUAUAAGGUUGAUGAGAUGGACAAGGAGAUAGAAAUAGGAGUGGCGGAAAUUGUGGAGGGCCCUAUCCGACCGACCGACCUGGGCUACACUGAGGAAAAGGUUGAGGAUCUGGGCUAUGAGGAUGAUGAGAUGGACAAGGAGACAGGAGUAGGUCAGGUAGACCUUGUUGAGGGCACUGUCACACUGACCUUCCUGGGCUACACUGAGGUAAAGUCAGAGAGCGAGGGUCUGGGCCAUGAGGAUGAUAGAGAGUUGGUGGAGGUGGAGCGGGUGAUCAUUUCUGACGCGGGUGAGGAGGAGAUUGUUCUUCAGUCUCCUGUUCUUGGGUCUGAGACUGAACCCUUCCUGGGCUACACUGAACAAGAGGUUGAGGCUGUGGUGCAUGAGGAUGGUGAGGAGGACGUGAGUGGAUUGGUUGUCUUUGUGGAGGGCCCUGUCCCACCUGUCAUCCUGGGCUACACUCAGGAAGAGGUUGAGGAUCUGGGACAUGUGGAUGAUCCCCCCAGACCAACCCCACGCUACAGAGCCGAGGAAACAGGAAAGAGGGCAUCCAAACACAAUACCAAGUGCUGCUCUAUCAUGUGAUUCUGCACAUGAUAGAGCAUUAC